AUGGAGUUUGACUCGUACCAACACUACUUCUACGACCACGACGCCCAAGAGGAUUUCCACCGCUCCACGGCGCCCAGCGAGGACAUCUGGAAGAAGUUCGAGCUGGUCCCCACGCCCCCCCUCUCACCCCUGGGUACCCCCGGGGAGAAAGCCUGCUGCUCCGGGGCGGAGGAUCGGUCCGGCUGGCUCUCCCGCUACUGCCUGGCCGGGGAAGAGCCGGAGUAUCUCAUAGGGACGGGGGAGAUCUUCGGGAACCUGAGCGCUUUCAUCCUCAAGGAUUGCAUGUGGAGCGGGUUUUCAGCCCGGGAGAGACUGGAGAAGGCGAUGACAGAGAAACUUUCCACGGGCACGCAGAGGGCCACCCCCCACAAACCCUCCUUCGCGCAGGAUUUCGGGUUCAGCAGCUCGGUGAGCGAGUGCGUGGAUCCCGCUGCCGUCUUCCUUUGCCCGCUGGCCGAGAGCAAGAUCCCCGCAUCCUCGGGAUCCGAGGGCCAAAGCGAUUCUGAAGGCGAGGAGAUUGACGUGGUGACGGUGGAGAAGAGACAAUCGCUCAGCCUGAGGAAGCCGGUCACCAUCACGCUGCGCGCCGACCCCUUGGACCCCUGUAUGAAACGCUUCCACAUCUCCGUCCACCAGCAGCAGCACAACUAUGCUGCCCGCUCGCCGCCGGACGCCUGUCCCCCUCCAGAGCCACCCCAGCAGGAUGAGGACGAGCCACUGAGCGCUGCGGAGCCAGCCCCUGCUGUCAUGCUGCCUGAGCCCGGCUUGCCAAAAGCCGGCAGCAGCCCCGGCUCCGACAGCGAGGAUGUGGCCAAGAGGAAAAACCACAAUUACCUGGAGCGCAAGCGGCGCAAUGACCUGCGCUCGCGCUUCCUGGCCCUGCGGGACCAGGUGCCCGGGCUCGCCAGCUGCCCCAAGACGCCCAAAGUGGUGAUUCUGAGCAAAUCCUCCGAGUACCUGCAGUCGCUCAUCAGUGCGGAGAGGAGGAUGGCGGCUGAGAAGCGGCAGCUACGACUGCGGCAGACCCAGCUGCUCAAACGGAUUGCUCACCUCAAGGGGCACUAG